UUCUUUUCACAAUACGCUCCCCGCUCGCCCAAAAACCUCACACCUAGGCCCCCCACGUCGCCGGCUCCCGGCGAUGGCGCCGCUGCCCUUCCUGCUGGGUUUCCUCCUCGGCGCCCUGGCGCUGGCGGCUGUCGAGGCGGCGGCGAUCCUUCUGCUGCUCCGCCGCCUCCGCCGCAGUCAGGCUGCGGCGGGGGACGCGCUACCAGCCGCCGACGAGCUGCCCGGGGAACGCCCCUUCCCCUACGAGAAGCAGGGUUUUCUGUGGAUACUGGAGCCAGAAAAAAUGCCAAAACUCAGUAAUGACCGCUUAUCGGCUGGAGGUCCUAGAGAGACAAAAGACAAGAAGAAUAUUGUGGAAGUUUUUCCUGCAAAGAAGAUGGCUAAAAUCAAGGGAAACUCUCUUUGUUUGUCUGGUCCUGAUGGCUCCCAAGCAACCAUUGAGCUUUUGAACUGCACGGUACUUGCAGUUUCUGCAUCAAGUAUGCCCUCGCGUAAAUGGGCCAAGAGGUUCCCAGUAAAAUUAGAAAGCAAGGACAAUGAGAUUUAUAAUGGAAGCAAGGUGUGCUAUCUUUAUACAGACACUUCCUGGGAGAAGGAAUCAUGGUGUAAAGCACUCCGUAUUGCAGCUACUGCUGACAAGGAAAAAUUAAAUUGGCAUGCCAAGCUGAGCGAAAAAUUCCUCAAUUACAUAUCAUCAUUAAAUUCUGAAUACCCAUGUUUUCUAAAGCCUCCAAUACUCUCUGGUGAGGAUCAUGAGGUUAUGGACAAGACAUCAAAGACUGAUGGGUCUUCAAAAGUACGUCUUUUCCUCAAGAAGUUGGCGAAGAAGGCAUCUACGAAGGCUGCCUUAGAGAGCAAAACAAGUUCAGGAAUGUCAGUGCAAGGUGAAAAAAAGAUACUUGAUAAAUUGCGCAGCUAUCAGGGUGCACCAUUUAUUGAAGCAUUAAUAGGUCCACAAGAGGACAAGCUUGGUGGCAAUUCAUCGCAAGAUACUGUAAAAGCCACUGCCCCGCCUGCUGCAUUGAAUCAAAUUGGACAGCUUUCAACUUCACCUGAUGUGAAUGCGGAUGACCGAGUUGCGGAUGAAGGCACACUUUGUUGGAACCUCCUGUCAUCACGGUUGUUUUUCGAUGCUAAAAUGAGUGAUGAGAUAAACAAGGCCAUCAAAGCACGCAUUCAGAGGACUUUGUCAAAUAUGAGGACCCCCACCUACGUGGGUGAAAUUACACUUACGGACUUUAGCCUUGGAGAACUUCCACCUUAUGUGCAUGCGAUGAGAGUCCUUCCGCUGGAUCUUAAUGAAUUAUGGGCCUUUGAAGUUGACUUUGAGUAUUCGGGUGGGAUACUGCUGCACAUUGAAACAAGGCUUGAGGUUCAGGAACCAGAGUUGCAAAAGGACAUCAUGAAAAGUAAUUUUGGAGCAGAUGCUAAUGGAGAUGUUGAUUCUGAUCUUCUUGAGAGUAUUGAACAGUAUGGUAACCAAUUUAAAGGCUCGCACAAUUCAGCUUCUUCAAUUGGGGAGAAUGAUGAAGCAGAUGCUUCAAGUCAGUCAAAGAGCAUUGGAUGGACUUCAGCAUAUAUAUCAAGAUGGAAAACUAUCCUGCACUCAAUAGCCGACCAUGUCUCACAGGUUCCUCUUUCUCUGGCAAUAAGGAUUUCAUCUGUUCGAGGUAUCUUGCGGAUACAAAUGAAGCCCCCUCCUUCUGAUCAAAUUUGGUAUGGAUUUACGUCAAUGCCUGAUCUAGAAUGGGAUUUGGAAUCUUCUGUUGGGGAUAGGAAAAUCACCAACAGUCAUAUCGCUGCACUUAUUGGUAACAGAUUCAAGGCUUCGCUUCGAGAUAGCUUAGUGCUUCCGAAUUGUGAAAGCAUCUCCAUGCCGUGGAUGUUGGCUGAAAAGGAUGAUUGGGUACCUCGCAAGGAUGCUCCUUUUAUUUGGCUAAAUCAUGAGCCCACUGAGAUGAGAAUCCAUGCCACAGCUACAGCAUCAACUCAGUCCGAGGAAGGUGGCUUGAAGGAUGGUGGGAGUGAGGAAUCAUCGAGAGUAGUGGCAUCCAUUGACGAGGCAAAACAAGAGCCCAAGGCAGAGGCAUCAUUGCACGGCCAGUCUUCAUCUGCUCCAGGCAGUGAAUCUGCCCACAGCGAUGCAAAUGAUGAGCUGAGGAAACCGCUGUUGAUCACAGAGAAACUCCAGGAAGAAGCUUCAGAAGGUAUAGCCAUGUCUCCCAUGUCCACAUCUCGGAGGGCGGUGAUACCAGCAGGGGAGCAGCCGCAGGUGUCAGCAUCACCCAUUGGAGAGGACGCGAAGCGAAAAAGCGGGAGGCGAGCUCGGAUGAUGGAUUUCGGGAAGAGGAUGGGGGACAAGCUGGAGGAGAAGAGGCGGACCAUCGAAGAGAAAGGGAGGCACAUCGUGGAGAAGAUGCGAGAGAAUGCUAGGACCAACAGCAUGGAGAGGACCAGUAGCUAGCGAGGAUGCAAGGAUCGGCAUCUUGUUUCGUUGAUUUGGGAAGUGGUGUAUAGGCUGAACUUGUAUGUUUUCUUUGUAGAGUUGUGCAACAUUUAGGGUUCCACGAGAGCUGAUCUAUUAUGUGGGUGUGGCGGCGGCAAAUAUGCAUGGAUGGGAUGAGCGGUGUACUUGUGACCUCAUGUUAGUAUCAGCUUGUGGAAUACUAUGAAAAAUGCAGGUGCCAAUGCCUUUCACCAUGCUACUAGUUAGUUUGUCUGCUACU